AAAUCUUUUUCUUCUGCUUUCAGACGAACAGAUUUGACUCCUUCCCUCCCAACAGGUAGAAUCUCAUUCAGCUGCUGCAGGAGUGAAAAUUAAUUCACAUUCCGGUCAAUAUAACUGCUUUCAUAGUUUCACUGAAACUGUUGCGAAGUUAAAAUGCAUGAAUCACAAACGAGGAGCGCAGAGACAAACACAGUCCGCUUCCUCAAACGGUGAAUUUUUACAUGGCGCUUUUGCACAUUGGCCGCGCGUGCACGUGCGAUCGGGAUGCGUGUGCGCGCAGGCGGAGGACCGCCGAGCUGCAGCCGAACGGUGAAGCAGGCACAAGCCGCCGAGCGCGCAGGGAGAGCCGCAAACUGAGACUGAGGAGCGCAGAGGGAGCGUCAGAACUUCAGUCCGCACGAGGCCAGAGAGUUAAAAUGGGAGGCAAGCUCAGCAAAAAGAAGAAGGGAUACAAUGUAAACGACGACAAGUCCAAAGACAAAGACGCCCAGGCGGAGGGCGCCUCGGCCGAGGAGAGCGAAGCGCCGAAGGACAAGAAGGACGAGGCCCCUGCGGCCGGCGAUGCUAAGGAGGUAGCGAACGACACGGCGGCCAAGGAGACGCCGGCGGCGGACGCCGCAGCGCCGAAGGACGAGGAGAAGAACGCCGCUCCCGCCGCCAAGGAGUCGGAAAAACCUGCCGCCAACGCCGAGCCCAAAGCAGAGGCACCGAAAAGCGCCGACGCUGCCAAGGCUGACGACAAACCGGCCGCGGCCAAAGAGGAGCCGGAGGCGAAGGCCGCGGCGCCCGGAGCUGCAGCCGAGAGCAAAGGGGAGGCCGACGCCAAAAAGACUGAGGCCCCCGCUGCGCCGGCGGCCAAAGCCGAGGCGGCCCCGGCGACCUCGCCUGACCCUAAGCCCACAGAGGCAGCGGCUCCCGCGGCGACCAAAGAUGGCGCCGCUGCACCUAGUUCUACACCAGCCGCCGACGCUGCGGCCAAGGAGGCGCCGAGCAAGGAUCAAACCGUAGCAGUUCAAGAUUAAUGGACAGCUUCUUUUCCAAAACGAAGAAACAAAUGACCUAACAACGAUGACAAAGAUUUAAAAAUGAAAUUACUAGCCCGCCCAUAUUAUUAUGAUAACAAUAAUAAUAAUAAUUGUAAUGAUGAUAAUGAUGAUUUGUUGAAUAAGGAGGACUGGAGACGUUUCCCACCAAUGCGUAUGAUUAUUGCUAUUAUUAUUGUUAUGUUUUAAUCUAUUUUUUCUGCUGUAGUAUUUGAACUUUGAUACGAGUCUGUCGGCCGUGAGCCUUUGCAACGUCACCUUCAUCCUUCAUCCACUCAUAACCUCCAGACUCCCGUUCAGAAGGCCUGCAUUCAUGCUCUCACCUGCAGCCUCCGCUGCAGAGGAGUGAGAGGUCAAAAGUCAUUUCACCAGCUGGAUCUGCGUUACAUCUGUCCAGUCUUUUGACCCAGAACGUCCCGUUGUCCCGGCGGUGGAGCUGUAACUGUUUUGACUGAGGAUGCUGAAGCUUUCUGGGGAAUUUGAAAGGUUGAAAAUCGCUGGCUUUGCAAAUAAUUGUAGGAUUUUUUCACAUAAACUUCUACAUUUUGUACUGAAACCCUUAGCUAUAUUGUAAGAAAACUAAGUGGUUUUUUAGCAUUUGUAAUACUUUAAAAAUUUGCAAAGCCUUGCCAAGAAUACCUUUAAAAUGUUCCUACGAAGCUUAAAGCAAUUCUCUGGUCUUUUAAUCCAAUAGAAAGUGACAUAUCCAGCAAACAGGCGAAACAAUCUGUGAGAUUGUCUGAACGUCCUUAUAAGGCUAAAACGGUGAUGUUUACUGAGCCAGGAUGACGCUCUGGAAAGGACAUGUUGAGUUGUGUCUUUCUAAAGACGGCAGACUAAACUGGCACUCAAACAUCCUGCGAAGCUUUUCCUCCCCGAUCUAAGACAGGAAACGAAAUCCUCUCCUGUAAAACUGUGACAGUUCUUCACCGCUAGGUUUUACAUUAAAUACUCCAGUAUUUAGGUUAACCUCUUUAAAUAUUCCUCAACAGAAAAUGAAACCAUUUUAUCAGGCCACAAAACGUUGAUGCAGUUUUCUUCACCUCAACAUUCUGGUAUUUAAAAAAGAAACAACAUAAAAUGGUAGAAAGUUCCAGGUUAACUUCGCUUUGGCUUAAUAUCCUGAUAUGUUUGUCAAAUUUGACACCCAAGAUAUCCUGCCUCUGAGACUUGAUUGUUACCAAUUAGUCUUUACAAUUAAAUCAAGUCAAAUAUUUCACUCUUGAAGAAACAUUUUCUGUUUUCAACAGAAGUUCUGACUUUUCAAUCCAUCCUGUAACAAACUUCAAACACAGAAACAUCUGUGUUGGAUUUAUGCAGCUGUAUAUAAAGCAGCAACACCAGCAGACAUCUGGAAAUCAGCAAACAUGAAAAAUCAUUCAUAUUUAAAUGAAACGUCAGGGGGCCAAGAACUCAGCCUUGAGGUUCACACAUACUAGUUCUUGGAAAUGAUUUCAUGUCGUUUAUAGUAACACACUGCUCACAAUUUACAAAAUAUAAGUAAGACUUCUUUAAACUUAGAUUUGAAGACAUCGUUAUUUCUGAACGAGUGUCAUGAAUUAAAGUGCCAAAUACGUGUUAAAAUCUGAAAUUGUUGCUACUCCGACGUCACCAGACCUAAAAAUGGAUAAAACCCGGAGCUGUUUCCACCAGAGGUACUUUGUUUGGGAAAAGAAACUGAUUUGAUUAAUCCUUUUUGUUAGCAUGUUUGUUAGCAUCCCAUCUGUGUAGCUCUGGAGGACACUGGAAACUAGAAAGUUCAGUGGCAAGCAGGAAUCCAUGUUGUAGCUUUGAUUAAUGUUGAAUUAAAAAAAAGUAAAAUAGUUUAUGAAGUAGUUAUUCUCCUAUCUUUGCGACGUAAUGGGUUCAGAUUCUGCUUGUGACCCGGUUGUCCACCAGUUCCACCCAGGCUCUAGUAAAACUGAUGUCUUUGCAUUGUUGGAGAGUAAAAUACCGAGAAUACCAGCAACCUAAACUCCGACCGCCAGGCCUUCCUGUUCCCUCCUGUGCAUAAAUGCAGGUUUAAGUGUCGUCACCUCACCGUCCGUCUCCAUCCACCGACACACGGCGUCUUCCUUCCAGCACCGUUGAACCGUAGCAGAAACAAACAUCCGAGGACGGUUGUGUGUCACUUGAUUAUGUUUCUUUUCUUCCUCUCUUGACUCAGUAAAUUGCAUGUCUGUGGUUGGGUGAACCUGUAGUCCUGUCUUUUUGGUCAAGUGGAAAAAAAAAACAAACAAAAAAAAAAAUAAGUAUUGAUAAUUUCUCAGUCUGCAUCCAUGCCAACUGCGAUCGAUAUUCUCAUUCCAUGUCUCACCGCAGCUAUUUCUACAUGUUCAUUCAAGCAAACAGACAAAAAAAAAUGAUAUGGAAAUUGAUGCGUUAAAAUUAUAUGUACUUGUAUAAAUGGUGCAACAGUAAUAAAAUGUCAGAAAUUGACUUAAA